AUGAAUCUGACAAGAUACGAGGAAAUUCAAUUUACCGACAAUCUCCAUUUGGCCUACAAGAUGUACGCCAAAAGUGAGACUGUAGAUGCUCAGGAACAAACCAAGUACCUUAAAUCUAGGGUUCAACUCUACAUGGACAGAAACAAUUAUUUAAGAAAACAGUUUUAUAACUAGAGCAAUGUACCAGUAGAUCAGUAAGCAUUUCUUGAGAACAUAUAACAAGCUAUUGGCACAUACUUUGAGUCUCAUAACGCCUGCAAAGCUUUAGACUUUGACGGUGGCAAUUACAUGAAAGAAACUAGGACUCUUGAUUUUACAGAGGAGAAGUUACUCGAUCUCUUGCAAAAAUCAAAGGAUGAUAUUCACUAGGCUAUAAAACUUAUAGGCCAUAAAGCAUACACUGAAGUAAACUUCUUUGGAGAUAUCAAGUCAGAAUGGGAUAUCAGACUUCACUCUCAAUUUAUUGCUGAAAUUAAGUUAUUUUCAGACUUAGAUAUUGAAGUUCUCCUUUUCUACAUAUCUUUAAUGGCAAGAGGUAUUCUAUUUUUGCACAAGUACAUUGGCAAAAAUCCAAAGCACUAAAAUUGGGGCAUUGAUCCAUCAAUAGCUUAUUGUGUGAUCUUUUGUGAAGCUUUAGACGAAGAAAGGUGCAUUAUCAGUACCAUCAACCCUGAAAGAAUUCCAGUGUGCUUCACUGAAAAAGAAUGCGUUCAGGAAUUUAAGUACAGAUAGUAUAUCUUGAUCAACCAAAUUUCCACCAUCGAGUACAUAAGAAACAACAGAAAGAGUUACCAUGAUACUCACAAAGUAGAUAUCAGAGGAGACAAUGACAAAUUUGAGUGCUUCAACUAUCAAAACGUUAAUUUCAGAAGAGAUGCUCCAGUGAAUGAACUGCAAAUCGCUGUCUAGUUCAAGCACUUAUUCAAAGGAGACAUUAUAUCUUACUAUAUAAGGCCACUCAAGAUAUUUAGAUGGAUGUUGAAAGAACCACCUACUCAUAACUUUUUGUUUGACAAGAACAAAAGGAGAUGGUAUUUCGUAAACGCUCAGCAAGUUGAAAUUUAAAGUAAAGCUACUCAAGUUUAAGUUCAAGCCAAGGUUAUGGAUGAGCUUGAUAACAAAAAGACUACUAAGAAGCUAGUUUAAAUCUUAGAUCUCAUGCCAACCUUGGAUAUUAAGUUAAGCAAGUUACAAAAAAAUAUUGUGUCAUCUAACUAAAAUUUACUGUGUCUCGGUAGGUCAGGAACAGGGAAGACUACCACCUCAGUGCUGAGACUAUUCGCCUAGGAAGUUUUGUUUUGCGUUUUGAAAAAACAUCAUGAAAAAUAAAUUAAGAAGAAGGACUAAGAAGAGAAAAGAAAACUCGCUAUCGAAUAAGAUCCUAGUAUAGAGGCUGAAUAUAAAAGACAAGAUGAAGAAAAAAUCAAGCAAAAGGAGCCUAUGCUAGACUCAAAAGACUUGGAAAACGAUACUGGAAUUAAGAUGGUCUUCAUUACUGCUUCCCCCGUACUAACUACUGAAGUCAAAAGAUUUUAUGGAAGCAUCAAGCUCAAAUUGAUCAAUCACUUGAAGAAGAGGGAAGAGGCCAGAGCAUAGGCAUUAUUAAAUAAAGAGGGCUUCUAAGAUAUAACUGAAGAUGAAGCCUUAGAAAUAAUUGAAGACUCGAUUGAUGAGCAUUAAAAGGAAACUGGAAAGAAAGGACCUGAAGAUCACGAACUCUAGGAAAUGCUUCAAUUCAUCAACAAGGAGGAGAGAGAUUUGGUUGAUGACUUGAGUUUAGAGACUCACAUGAACAUUCCGAAUUCUUUUGAUAACUUGACAUCUCGUCAUUUCCCCUUAUUUGUUACUGUCAAGAAGCUAAUUUACAUGCUUGAUGCUUGUCUUAACUACUCAUUCUUUUCUAGAGACAAUAACAACAACAUCAUAGGUCUAGAUUCAAAUCUAGGAUGGCACAAUGAGUCCAAGGGAGUCCUGAUGAUAAAUCAUUAUUAUAAGGAAAAUAUAGAUUAUGAUGAACAGCUCGCUAAAUUCGGCAAGGAGAUCCUAGAGAUGGAUAAAGAUGCUGAAAUUGAUAACAACUUUGAAGACUAGGGAGAUAACAGAAAUUUCAUGAUGAUUAAUGAAUCAAAUUAACCUCAGUCAAGAUAUGUUGGAAGUCUUCACAAUAGAUACACAGAAAAGCAAUACCUUCUUGAAAGAUAGUAGCUUUCUUUUGAAGUUGACUAUGAUACAUUCGAGUAGAAAUUCUGGCCUAAAAUUAUAACAAGAAAGAACUUAAAGAAAUUUUCCCCAACAUUGGUUUGGACUGAAAUCUACUCUGUGAUCAAAGGUGGAAUGUAAAGUGGACUCUACUAUAUGGGAUACUUGCCUAGAGAUGUUUACAUCAAGGAAGAAGCUUCAGAAUUUUUGUACUUAGAUGAGAAGAAAGCUAUUUAUUACAUAUUCCUAGAGUACGAAAAGUGGAAGGCUGAACAAAGAGCAUAUGAUUUCAUGGAUAUAGUUAAUCAUAUCCAAAAACGACUCUGGUAUGGGGAGACUGUAAGAAGGAUGAAAAUGGAUUAUCUCAUGGUUGAUGAAGUGCAAGAUCUUACUCCAAAAACUCUUUAGAUAUUAUUGAAGCUGACAGCUCACAAUGUAUUCUUUGCAGGUGAUACAGCCUAGACAAUCGCUAAAGGUGUUGGUGCUAGAUUCCUAGAUCUCAGACACAUUUUCUCUAGUCUUAAUGUAGAAGUUCCAAAGAUUGUUUAACUUGCCACUAACUACAGAUCUCAUGGAAAGAUAUUGGACUUAGCCAAUUCUGUGGUCAGUUUAAUUGAACUCUUCUUCCCAAAGACAAUAGAUAAGCUGGUAAAGGAAGAAUCGGAUAAGGAUGGAAUGAAGCCAUUAGUUAUCAUGCCCUUAGAUGGCAGAUAAAUGAGAAAUCUGUUUGCUGGCACAAGUAUGACAUCAGAUAAAGACUCAGUACUCGCUGCACCUCAGUUCGGAUGCAACUAAGUACUUAUUGUUAGAGACUAAGCUGCCAAAGAUUUGAUUCCAGAUCUGUUCAAAAAUAUGCUAGUGCUAUCAGUUUAUGAGGCUAAAGGUCUUGAAUUCGAUGAUGUGAUAUUGUAUAACUUCUUCCACUUAGGAGAUAUUGCUAAAUCAGAAUGGAAACUCCUAAAUGAUAUUGUCUACUAGAAUGUCAAGAGAGUUAAGUAUGAUGCUGAAAUCUUGGAUUUUGAUUGCCUUGAUGUUGAAAAAUUUGAGGAGAUCAUGAAGAAGAUCAAGUAAAAUGAAAGAAAUGAAAAAGAUCAAGAGUAUGAAGACGAUUUGCAACUCUCAGUUAGUAGACAUAGAGAUGAAGUCUACAGAAAGUUCUCUAUGCUUUGCAUUGAACUUAAGUUCCUCUAUGUAGCUAUUACUAGACCUAAGAGAAGACUUAUAAUUUAUGAUGAUGUUGCAGAUGGAAGAAAGCCCAUCCAAAAUUAUUGGGAGAAAUUAGGAACUAUUGAAGUUGUUACUAAAGAUAUGGUGGCUUAGCCAGAAACUUUACCCGAAAAUGUGAAGGAUAUCUUCUUAACCGGUGCUCUAAUUAAAGAGAGAAGUACCUAAGAUGAGUGGAGAAUCCAAGGUAUCAAGCUCUUCAAGAAGAAGUACUACGACGCUGCUAGGAAAUGCUUCUAAAACUCAAAUGAUGAUGAUCUAGUGAAGAGAUGUCUUGCAUAUUAAGAGGCUGAAAUAGGUCAGACUAAGCUUGCUGAAGCUGAGAAUAAAAGUUGGAGAGCCAAGGUCAUUAAGCAUUUAGCCAAAUUUGACAAAAGAAGGCUUUAAAAAGAAGCUAAAAGAGAGAGAAUAAUUGCUAAGAGGCAUUUCCUUACUGCUGGAGCCCUAUUUGAGUCUAUUGAUAUGCUUAAGCAUGCUGCAUCAUGUUAUUUCACAGGAAGAGGAUUCAACAAAGCAGGAGAAAUAUUUGAGAAGCUUGAAAAGUAUGGACAAGCUGCUGAGUGCUACCUUUAGGUUGACGAACUUAAGAGAGCUGCAAGACUCUUUGAAAGAGCCAAUCUUAUUACUAAAUCAAUUGAGUGUUACGAGUCGUGUGGAGAGUGGGAACAACUUCUUCAUUGUCUUCACAGAAACAAGGAAUUCUUCAAACUUGAGGAGAGACAAUCACUUAUCAAUAAGUAUGUACCAGUUGCCCUGAAUAGUCUUUAUAAACUUUAUUCAUAAGAGGACGAUGAUAACCAACUGGAUGAGGAGAAUAAGGGUAAAAUGUAGGAGAUGAAGAUUAAGCUUAAGUAUCAAAAGAAAGUAGAUGUAAUUGCAGAAGAAGAUGAGGAUGAUGAUGAUGCCGAAACUCUUGAUGAAGCAGAAAUUCAAGAAGAGUUAGCUUCUAAGCAAGAGGAUGAACCUAAAGAAAACGAGGAAGCUAAGGAAGAGCAGAUUUAGUAAGAAGAAAAAGACGGUGAAAAUAAUGAUGAUGAAAUCGAUUUAAUUGAAGACGAUGACGCUAUGAUGCCAGAUAUUUUAGAUGAGGUCUUCAAUCUUAAGAGGUAGAAAUCAUCAAUGAAAGAAGAAGAGGAAUCAAAGAAAAAGAGAGAAGCUCUCAAUAAAACUGAAUAGUCCUUCGAGAUCAUUGAUGACGAUGAGGCUAAGAAUAUUGAUGAGGAAGAAGAAAAGUAGUAGUAAGAAGGAGAAAAAGAAGAGGGUAAGAAUUUCAACACUGAUGACUUUGAGCAUCUUAGCUAAUACGACCCAGAAGAUGAGUUUUUGAGAUCUAGCAAGAGUGUUUCAAUUAUUGAAAGUAUUCUAAGCAGAAAGAGUAUUUCUUAGACUUCAGAUUUUUCAUUGAUUAAUGGAAAGAAAGUUGGAUCAGUAAUCAGUCUUGGAAGUAUGGCAAGCAAAAAUACAAUUGCUCUUAUUGAAAAUAACAGAGAUAUUUAUGCUGAGGAUGUCAUUACUUAGAAGAUUAUCUAUUAUGUGUCUCUUUUCUCAGAUGAAGUAUCAUCCUAUUUAACUAACAUCAGGUCAAAGAAGAUGCUUCACUCCAAUCCUGAUAAACAGGCAGAAAAAGAUUCAAAAGCUCAGGAGGAAGACUUCAUGAUUGACUUGGAUGAGGUGGACUAGGAAUUCGUCAAUCUCAUUCUUGAUGUCUUAGAGUACUAUGAGUUGUUCAGACUUUGCCUCAUGAUCUGCAACAGAUAUCACAUGAGUGAAAGACUCGGUAGAUACAUUAUCUCGGUUUGCUCCAAGUACUCAAAUCUUCACAAUCACAGAUUCAACCUUCAACUUCUCAAGAACAGCUAAUUCAACCAAACUUGGAGGGAGAAGUAAAGAUUUGCCUCAAUUCUUGCUCACGAGGCUAUACACAACGUAUUCACUCUGAUCGAACCUAAAUUCCUUCAAUUAAAGGAUAUUGAUGAAAGAUUGUCUAAGGAUAAUUCCUUCGGCAAUGAAACUUACAGAAUGAUGAUGGACUUAGGCUUUUGGAAGAAAAUUGUCUACACUCACAAUGCAUAUCUAGGUUUCUAAAUCUGUCACAAAUUUUACGACAGAGCUAACUUUGAAAUUCUAAGAGAGGCUAUUGAUUUGAAUGAUUAAAAGCACCAGAGAAUUAAGGGUAACAUUGAAAGAUGGAAUGUUUAACUUGUAUAUGCUGAAUAUUAACUAGACUUUUUCAACACUUUGAACCUAAUCCAGAUUCAGCCCGAGGAAAGACAGGUAGAUGAGUGCUUCAAGAGAAAUCUUGAGUAAAACAAUCCAGUUAUUUCAAGUUUAAUAAACCUUCACAAGUGGCUAUUCGUGAACCCUAAGACUCUAGAAGAUAUACUCUCGCACCAAAAGAAUACUAAGAUUGAAGCCCAGGAGAAGAUAGCUGCUAAGAUUUAAAAUGAGCUUGAUGCAAGAAUGGAGAAGGUUUAUAAUGUGCUUGAGUAGUAUGUCUUCAAAGAAGAAAACAAUUCAAGCUUCGAGAAGUAUUUCAUGGCAUUCCAACUAGCGUUGAUUCCAGGCACCUAGAACUAUUCUAGAGUACUUAAAGAUAUCAAAUAUUAUUUCGAUGGGUAGGGAGUUAAGACUUUGAUGAACAUCUAUUCUCAGGCCAUUGAUGUGCUUAAUCUUGAAAAGACCAAGGCUGAUCAGAAAGUAAUAAUGGAAGCGUUGAAUCAAACAUUCUUACUUUCAAGCAUUGAUGAUGAAGAGGCAGAAGCUGAUGAAAGUAUCUUCAAACUCUACAAGCAUAACUAUGUGAUGAUGAGCACUCAGUCUAUUUUAGCCAAAGACAUCUUACAGUUGUAGCAAUGCAUGGAUGGUAUCCAUAUCAACGAGUUUAUUUCUCAGAAAUUAGUAGAACUAAGACCUAAAUACUUCAUGAUUAAUAAUUUCAGAGGCGCCUUUAUCAAGCAAUAUAAGGACUUCUUGAAUCAGUUCAAUCAGAAGCAUGCCUUUACCUUUGAUAAGAACGAGACAGCUUUCAUUCUAGACAUGGAUGCUAAGUUCCUUAUGGUCCCUAAAAACUGGACAGUCAAACUUAUGGUUAUUAAACUCUUAAAUCUUUGCCUUUCCCUUGCUAACGAACUUAAGUCAAUCACUAACUCAGUUGAAAAGGUUGAAUCUGCUCAAGAUGAUGUCAUUAACAGUAAAAUCGAUGAUUUCGUAGUCGAGAUAAGAUAGUUCUCUAAGGUCAACUAUCAAUCCUUGAUCUCAACCAAGAUUCAUAACACCUACGCUUCUGGAAUCGAAAACAACCAAAAGGCUUUGUAUCGUCAACUAAGCUUUAAAGAGGACUUCAAAAAUCUGCUUGAGACUUAUUGGCAGAAAACUCAAUUAGGACUGAUUAAGUUCAAUAGUCUGGGCCAGCAAACUCAAACAUCAUCAAGCAAGUCAUUCUAUUUCAUUUAGAAUAUGUUCUACCUCUACUUUGACCAAGGCAUAUUGAGUAAGAGAACACAAACUAUUGUAGGCAAAUCUUAAAUUCUUGAUCAAGGAUUCAAACUAUUCAAUAACAUUGAAACUUCAUAAUAAUUGAAUUCAAAGCAAGAGGAGAAGAGAAAUUCAAUCAUGAGAGGUAAUUUACAAUUAUUGUUGCAAGCUCUUGUAUACUUUAUCCUCGCUGAUUCUUAUGAGAUUUUGGUGGAGCUCAUCAAGAAAGAGAUCAAAAGUCUCACCAAAUAUCAGCACCAGCUUGCAAAGGAUACUAUUUGGCUUUUAAAGAAAUUCCUGAUAGCAGUGGAUAUUCAUGUUUUUAUGAAAUACAGAUCUUGGUCAAAUGCUGCUGACUCUAUUUUUACUUUCCUUUAAACAUUCUAAGACUACCUUGAGAUUGAGGAAGUCGUUUAGCUUAUCGAAAAUGCAUUUUACCUUGUUCUGAUAGGCAAAUACAGCAAAGUCUACAUCCCUGACUACGCAAUCAAGUAUUUAGACAUCACUUACUCUCACCUUUAGAACUAUCAAGAAUACUAAUUAGCAAAUUACUAUCAAGCAAAAGAAGAUAAUGAGGACUUUGUGCUUGACUUGGAGGAAAGAACUCCAAUCAAGAAAAUAGCAGAAAACGGAAUAGUCGAGAAAAUUGAUUAGGAUAACUUAUUCAAUUAAUCACUCUAGUGGGUAAACAAGAUGAUCAAUAUUCUUAACAAGGAUGAAAGAUCAGCUACUUUCAAGAUUGAAUACAUCAGGUUGUUUAACAUCCUCAUGUCUGCUGCAAUGAAUGAUCCAAAGAAGACUACAAAGACCAUUGAUCAACUUACUAAAGGAUUUGAUGAGCUAACAAACAGCACAUUUGAUGACUAUUUCAAUCAUUAUGGUCUUCUUGAGUUUGAUUAUCUUAAUGCUAAAGGCUUGAAUGAUCUGUAAAAGUAAUUCAAGGACUGUGAAGAGGAGUAUAAACACCAAUUUUUCGCUGGAAGUAUGGAGGGUGGGCAUUUCCUCGCACAUGUUGAUGUUUCAAAGGCUCAGACAGCUGAGAACCAAAAAACUUUAAAUUCAAGUCUAAACAAGUCAAUCUAUGUAGAGGCAAAGACCAUGGCAGCUCAUCAUUAUUUGAGUUAUAAAAUCAAGAAAGUCCUGAAGAACAAAAAAUAAGAAUAUUACUUACAGAGACUAGUCAAACAAAACACUUUUGAGGAUAGAGUAUACUCUAAGGAAAUUGGGUUAUAGUCACUGCUUUACAUUACUUAACUACCAGGUCAAGCAGUGAUAAACCUUAUGAAGCUACUUACCAGAAAACAGAUGAUGUUGAGAUAGAUGAUCAUUUCUAAAUAUGUUACUAACAGUCUUGACAUUCACUAUGUCCUUGCCAAAGCUCAAGAACUCCAAACUCAGCAGGACAAUUUCUAUGCUUAUGUAACAAACUUCUUGAAGGAUAAAGGUUCAAUAUUGACUGAAUUCGAGGACUUGUAGCACGAUGGCGAUAAUGAAUUCGAGCAGAAGAUAAGUGAGACCAGAAAGUACUACUAAGAGUUUGAGAAUGAGAUUCUGACUUGGAUGAACUUGAAGUCAGAGCCAAAUCUUAUAGAAGUCGAAAGAAAGAGCACUAAGUACAAGUUGAAAUGGGAAGGACUCAAGUUAUUCGAGAAGUAGGAGAGAUUAUUGGCUAUUGUUAGAAAGAAGCAGCAAUUGCUUCAAUCUCAGAUGUGA